AUGGCCGGGGAGAAAGAAGAAGAACGGGAGGCAGAGAGCGAGCUUGUGGGGAGAUUGAGGUCGGCUGAGAGCUUCAUGGUGAUCGGGUGGGCGAUGGAAAGUGCCACCACGCCAUUGCCGGCUACGGGAGAUGCCGCUCGUGAACUUCGGAGGCACGCAAGAGAAAGGAAGUUGCCGCAGAAAAUGGGAGACGAGGAUGAAAAAACUUCUUUAAUCUUUCCCUGUUUCUCUCUCUCUCUGUCAUCCUUAUAUAUAUAUAAUCUCCACCAAAACCCUUGGAAAAUAAGCUCCGUCUCCUCCAUUUCGCAAGAAACCGAAACACCAAAACCCCACCAAAACAAAUUGCACCAUGUCCACCCACCCCUCACCCUUCCUUCUUGCUUCCGCCCUCCCUCCGCCGCCGACGAUAACCUCCGCGCCGAGGCGGCCCCGCCGCUGCCCCCGCCGCCCCCGCCCCCGCCGGGGAGCGACCACGCGAACCUCACCACCUGCCUCUACCACACCCACCUCGGCCUCUUCUCCCUGACCUGGUCCAAGACCCUGUUCGGCCGCUCCCUCCACCUCAGCCUCCAUUCCCACCACGGCUCCAGCUUCUUGGACUACAAUUCGUCGCCCCUCUCUCCGUCUUCUUCCACAUUCUCCUUCCAGCUCCACAUCAAGUCCCUGGUGUUCUGGAAGAAGCAGGGGUCCAAGAAGCUCGAUGCCGACAAGACCAGGACGGGCGCGAGCAUCCGGAUCUUCUGGGACCUCACGAGGGCCAAGUUCGGGUCCGGGCCCGAGCCCGAGUCCGGGUUCUACAUCGCGGUGGUCGUCAACGGCGAAAUGGCGCUCCUCGUGGGCGACGCGGUGAAGUCGGCUUACGGCAAGACCAAGGCCCGGAAGCCGGCGGAGAGAGGCCAGGCCUUGUUCUUGAGGAGGGAGCACCUGUUCGGCCACCGGGUGUACGCGACGAGCGCGAGGUUCGGCGGCAAGAACCGGGCGAUCUCGAUCGACUGCAACGUGCACGGCGAGGGGAAGCUGUGCAUCAGCGUGGACAAGAGGAGGGUCCUGCAAGUGAAGCGGCUGAAGUGGAAGUUCAGAGGGAACGAGAGGGUCGAGGUCGAUGGGGUCAAUUUCCAAGUCUCCUGGGACGUCUACAACUGGCUGUUCGAGGACGCCAGCGAUUCUCAUGCGGUGUUCAUGUUCAGGUUCGAGAAGCUAAUUAACAACGAUGAGCAGAGAAAAAAAUGCGGCGGCGGCGAUGACGGCGUUCAGGCGGUGAGCAACCUCCUGCUGUGGUCGCAGCCCUCGUGCAGCUUCGGGAUGAACGAGAUCGAGCUCCGGAAGAUGAGGAAGAGCAAGUUGCGGAGCGCGAGGAGCUCCUCCUCCUCCUCGAUAUCGUCGUCGGCGUCCUCCGGCGGGAGCUCCUCGAUCAUGGAGUGGGCGAGCGCGGAGGAGAACGAGCUGAGCGGUCCGUUCGUCGGGUUCUCCUUGCUCGUUUAUGCUUGGAAGAGAUGAUGCAGAUCCGAUCCCGUUCCAUUCCACUCCAUUAGCGACAGCAAUUGAAUCCCUCCGAAAACUUCGGAAUUCCUCACGAGUGCAAGCUAACCUUGCUCUAUUUCUUUGAGGAACACGAAGUCAAAAAAUUUCAUUACAUACAGGAAGAUAGGCGUGUAAAUUCAUAGGUAAUUUCAUUGAAGAAUUGAGAUUGAUGUCAUUUUUUUUCCCGGGUUCACACUUGAGAAAUUCCUUCCUCCUUCUCACGGUAACCAUACCACAAGAAAAGGCGGAUUGCACUGCACAUACAUGGCUGUUAUUGUUUUCGCAACAUAAAUUAUGAGUUGCGCAUUAUAAUUUAGGGUCGCAUCGGAUUGUAUUAUACAACUGUCCCUCUUCGUAUGAUGCUGGGCGGUCUAGUGAAAAGUGAGUUGUCUUCUUUGUUUGA